ACGUGGCCCGGCCGGCCGGAGCGGGGAGAGCGGCGGCCCAUGGCGGCCUCGGGGCUCUGCCUUCCGCUGCUGCUGGCGGCAGCGCUCGCCGGCCGGGCGGCGGCCCUGUGGCCCUGGCCGCAGUACAUCCAGACCUCCGAGGCGCACUACGCCAUCUUCCCGCACGACUUCCAGUUCCGGUACCACAGCAGUUCGGCCGCGCAGCCAGGCUGCUCCGUCCUGGACGAGGCUUUCCAGCGCUACCGCGACCUGCUCUUCAGCUCCCGCGCUUGGUACCCUCCUGAGCCCACAAGAAAACUGCAUGCACUGGAAAAGAAUUCAUUGGUUGUCCUUGUGAUCACUCCAGGAUGUAACCAGCUUCCUUCUUUGGAGUCACUGGAAAAUUACACUCUGACCAUAAAUGAUGAUCAUUGUUUCCUCCUGUCUGAGACUGUCUGGGGAGCUCUCCGAGGUCUGGAGACUUUUAGCCAACUUGUUUGGAGAUCUCCGGAGGGCAUGUUCCUUAUCAACAAGACUGAGAUUGAAGAUUUCCCCCGCUUCUCCCACCGGGGGUUGUUGUUGGAUACGUCUCGCCAUUACCUGCCACUGACUACCAUCAUGGACACUCUGGACGCCAUGGCAUACAAUAAAUUCAAUGUGUUCCACUGGCAUCUGGUUGAUGACUCUUCCUUCCCAUAUGACAGCUACACUUUUCCAGAGCUCACCAGAAAGGGAUCCUACAAUCCUGCCACCCAUAUCUACACAGCACAGGAUGUAAAGAUGGUGAUUGAAUAUGCACGGCUUCGGGGUAUCCGUGUGUUGGCAGAGUUUGACACUCCUGGCCACACUCUGUCCUGGGGACCAGGUGUCCCUGGAUUAUUGACUCCUUGCUACUCUGGGUCUCAUCCUUCUGGCACCUUUGGACCAGUGAAUCCCAUUCUCAACAGUACCUAUGAAUUCAUGAGCUCAUUUUUCUUGGAGGUCAGCUCUGUCUUUCCAGAUUUUUAUCUUCACCUUGGAGGAGAUGAGGUUGAUUUCACCUGCUGGAAGUCCAACCCAGAUAUCCAGAACUUUAUGAAGGAAAAAGGCUUUGGCAGUGACUUUAAGCAGCUGGAGUCCUACUACAUCCAGACGCUGCUGAACAUCGUCUCUGCCUAUGACAAGGGCUAUGUGGUGUGGCAGGAAGUGUUUGAUAAUAAAGUAAAGGUUCGGCCGGAUACAAUCAUUCAGGUAUGGCGAGAAGAGAUGCCAGUACACUAUGCGAAGGAGAUGGAGCUGAUCACCAAAGCUGGCUUCCGUGCCCUGCUCUCUGCCCCCUGGUACCUGAAUCACAUAACUUAUGGCCCUGACUGGAGUGAAAUCUACAUGGUGGAGCCCCUGGAAUUUAAAGGAAGUCCUCAGCAGAAGGCUCUAGUGAUUGGUGGAGAGGCCUGUAUGUGGGGAGAGUAUGUGGACAGCACAAAUCUGGCCCCCAGACUCUGGCCCAGAGCAGGGGCUGUGGCUGAGAGGCUGUGGAGCAACAAGUUGGUGACUAACCUGGACUCUGCCUUUAAACGUUUGACACAAUUCCGCUGUGAGCUACUAAGGCGAGGUGUCCAGGCCCAGCCCCUCAAUGUAGGCUACUGUGAACAGGAGUUUGAACAAACCUGAGCAAGCAGCCCCAGGCACUGAGGAGAGGGUGCUGGCCCUAGGAGAGCAGUAAUGGGGCCAGGCUUCCACUGCAUCCCGCCCGGGGAACGCAGCCCCUUGCUCACGUGCCCCUGUCCAUGGAGAGAAGGGGGCCAGUGUUGGCACUAGCACCUAAUAAAGAGUGAUGUGGCAUAUUUCCAUAA